CAACAGAACAGGAAUUGGGGAGUUCACAUUCUGAACUUUUUUUGUCUUGGGAUUUUCCCAAUAUUGUAGUGUGACACUAAGGAGAGAUUCGUUGAGGGAGUCAAGACAAACAUGUUAAGAACCUUGAAGAAAUGCCUUUUUAGUACAAAGAAAGAAAGAAGGAACCAGUAAAGGAUUCCUUGCCAAACCACAGAGAAGACAGUUCUUCAAGAAAUGCCAAUUCGUCUAGUGUUUAGUGGGGAAUUAUUCUCGGUGGGGAUUAAGAGACCAGAGGGGUUAAUCAAAGGACGAAGGACAUAUGCUCAAACAACUGGGAACAGCCAAGUGUCAUACCCAGCUCCAAAGAGCUCCUCCUUCCGGCAAUACACAAUGCUGUGUUUUUAGGUUAAUCCUCCAAGGAUAUUGUAGUUACUUUAGAUGGUUAAUGAAUAGCUUCUAAGUGCCUGCUUCAUCUAAUUGUCCAAAGGCCAGUUGGUCCCAGAGCGUAUAAAGCUGCACACUAGCUAAUGAGCUCAUUCUCCUGGAGCAGAGUGGCAGGGUCAGGGGGCUGGGUUCUUAAGGAGCAGGGAUGCAGAACAGAACUGGCCUAAUUCUCUGUCUUCUCGCCCUCCUGACGGGCUUCCUGAUGGUCUGCCUGGGGGCCGCAUUCCUGUCUUCUGCCUCCUUAUCGAACUGUUGGGGCGGCCUCAUCGUGGCCUAUGUGCUUCUGUCUCUGGGGUUUGUCAUCCUUCUGAAUGGAAUUUUCUGGAGCAGCUACUGCCAGGCGAGUGAAAGCAAAAGGUUGUUCAGCCUUGCGCUCAGACGACACCUUGCUUGUGGGGCCCUGCCCCUGGCCACGGUGGACAGGCCAGACUUCUACCCUCCAGCGUAUGAAGAGAGCCUGGGUGCGGAGAAACAGACCCGCCCUGCAGAGGGAGGGGCCUCUGAGGCUCCUCCACCUCCGUACACAGAGACGGGCCUGGAACUCCAGGAUGAAAACGAAGCCCAGCCAGAGGCCCCGCCGCCCUACGCGGAGUCCACGGCCGCCCUGGCAGUUGCAGUGACAUCAGAGGGUGCUGAGAGGCAGAGCCCAGAGUGCCAAAGGCAGGAGAGCUCUCCGGCACGCGUGGCGCACCCAGUGGGCUAAUUGCAAAGGCAGGCAAGGGACUGCGGGAGGAAAAGCCACACGGGGGGUCCUGCAGAUGAGCUCGUGGAGGGGCUGCUGCGUGUGACAGCCGCCCAAUUCCACAGACUUGCUCGGCCAUGCACAGGCAGGGUGGGGGCCCUGGAAGCGCGUGGCCACAUUUCAGGGGACAUUUCAGCAGACAUUUCAGGGGACUCUGGCUAAUCCCCACCCAGGCAAGCCUCAGGACUGCUGUUAGAGCUCAGCUCACAGACAGCCUUUCUGCUCUCACUCAACUCCCUUCCCACAGCCCAGACAGGGAGGGACAGAGCUGCUUGCCAGGGCAGCCACGUGCCUUCGUGUACUACCUUCCUAAUAAGCAAAGAGACAGUGUGUUGUUUAACAUGUAGGCUGCUCAGCAUUCCUUUAGCUGGUUUUAUAGCUGCCCCUAAUGACGACACUACCAGAGUGACACAGUCCUUCACAUCGUGGAAGAUAUGCCCUUGGAACUCAUGAAUGUUAUUUUGUAUUAUUUUAUUUUAAUUAUGUGUAUUUAUUCUAUGUGAAAGCAAAGUGAUCAUUAUAAUAUUCACUCUCAAAAUGGCUCAAACACAAAAUGUUAAAUGAGCUACUUUUAAGAGAGGUCCUCAUAGGAACAGAUAUGAUAACAUGUCUUACAGAUGCCCAUUGAAUAGACAGAACACAUAAUUCAUAAUACAAAGAAUUCAGAGGAGAAAAGAAUUUGUACUAGCCAUAGAUGGUAUUCGUAUGCAAUUUGAUAUAAAUCUUGUAAUGUUUAAAAAAUAUUUAUAUGUAAUUCAAAGGCUGUCCCUGUAAAUCUCUAUAAUUUGAAAGACAAGAGACUAUAAUGAUGUACUUUCAUCAGUAACGGGAAAUUCUUUAUGUCUCAAGAUACAGAUUUUGACUUUUAGACUUAGGACAUUUGUUUAAAAACCCAGUGAUUCCUCCUUAGCUUUAUUGUAUUUUGUUAUAUUAAUAUUUUUAAUACAAGAAGACAAGUCAGGUGGCAGGGUGGUGGAAAGAGAUGCAGCCUGAUGCUUCUGCACAGAAUUGGACAAGAAUCCUCCUCUCUCUGGGCCUCAGUUUCCUCCUGUCAAGUGAGGCAUUUAUGCUGGAGUUAAUAUCUAACAGCUAUGAAAUGCCUUUCAUUAAUAUAUGGCAGGCUCCAUGCUAUGAACUUUUCAUGCGUAUUAUUUAGUCCUCAUGCACAUUCAGUCUUUAAGAACAGAGGUGCUAUGAUUAUUCCCAUUUUACAGAUGCAUAAAACUGAGACUUUGAGAAGUUAAAAAACUUGUCCAAUAAAAUAACAUGCAGUACCUCCCAGAAGGGUGAAGAAGGAUCCCUAGAGAGACCUGGGAGGACCUAUUUACUUCAUACUUCUGUGCUAAGCGAGCCCUGUCUCACUUCCUUCCUUCCAGGGAGCAAUGCUGAUUUCUCUUUCUUUUCAGAAAAUGAGCUUUAAAAGAAAGUGGAGCCUAAAGGUUGCUGUAAUAUCUUAAAACCCUUGGAGCAGCAGAGGUGUUUGCUUUAGGGUUAGUUAUUUAAAGUGUAAAUAAGCCCUCCAUGUUUUCUGCUAGGAGCUGGGCCCUCACUUCAUGGCGUAAUUUCUCUUCAAUUGAUCAUUAUACAGAUGGUAAGUAUGAUUCCUAACGAUGACAGGCCCUUGAUGAAUGAGCACAGGAAGGGCUUUGCACAGUUUUAGGGACAGAUGUGGCUCUUUCAAGGAGGAAGGGGGUGAACAAGACGGGGUGGGGCCUCCUCAUUGGCCUCCUCUUCCCCAUCACUGCUGAGUGUGCAGAUUAAGCAUAUUCUGACAAAUACACAGGAAGCCAUGUGAAAGGAAAUCCUGAUCCACAAAGCAUGAAUUUGGGAAUCUGUGAUCUGAAUCCUUGACAUGAAGGGUGUGAGUGGAUAUGAAGGUCACUCACAGUUGUCCAGGUAGGAAGUGAUCAUUUAAUUACUAAUACAAUAUAUCAUCCCUUUCUUGUCAUCUCUUUCCAUCCCUCUCCUAAGACAGUUACCUUGAAAUUUUCCCUGGUGAUCUGAGCAUAUUCACUGAUCUGAACAAGCAAUAUCAUCAGUGUUUCUUCCAGAGUUUUUCCAACUACUAUUUAUGGUAGUGAGGUCAG